AUGGACGAUGGAGCCGACGCACUUGCAAGGCGUGCUCAGCGGUUUGGAAAGGCUCCAGCUGCAGAAGAGGGGGUUGAACAUGUAGACGAGGAAGCUAGGUUGACCGAACUUAUUCAACUGCGGGCCCAAGAGAGGAAAGAAGCCGAACAACAGGGAGUUUUGUCCACAGGAAAGACGAGACUCGAAGAGGCUAAGGAUCUGGUUGGGAUAUGUCCUGGGAUGAUUUCAGAGUACCAAUACCUGUGGCGGAAACUGCGAUACAAUAACAUCCAUUCUCUCGAAAAGGACGAGCAUGGCGUACCACAGUGGUAUCUGACUAUUAAAGAUUAUGCCCGGUCUGCAGCUGGGAACGAACAAGAGCUGCCAAGUGAUGUUCGACCACCAGAUGUACUUCUCAGAACAACCGACUAUCUUCUCUCCCAUCUGCUCUCCACACACCCAUUCACAGCUGUUAACCAGGCGUUUAUACGAGACAGAGCCCGUGCAAUAGUUAAAGACUUUACCAUGCAACACGUCAGGAAUGCGCCAGCUAUCGAGGCCCAUGAACGCAUUGUCCGUAUGGCAGCUAUAAGCAUGCACGUCUUUCGGGACCAAAGACAACCAGACGGACCAUUCGAUCAUGAUGGAGAGCGAAAACAAUUUGUCAAUGCCUUAUCAUCACUGACCCAAUUCUACACCGACUCCCGUACACCCACCCUCCCCAAAACCUUUAUCUCGCCAACACACACAUCUCCAAAUGAACCAGAACUCCAAUCGUACUGGCACGCAUUCUCCAUCCGCAAACCCCCCACCCUUCACGGCCUUCCGAUAGAUGUAACGACUCAUCCGCUCUUCACGUUGACCAGGAACAUGAUCAAGUUAUGGGACCAAAGCACUCGACUGAUCAAGGAGGUCGAAGGGAUGUUACUCUCCCCUUCUGAACGCGCAGCCAAAGAACGCGCAGAAGCCAACAAGGGUGUACACCGUUUCAAGAGGCCUGUUACGCCCGACCCGGCUGAAGCAGCACUAGUAGAAGGAGACGAAGGGUGGAAGCCACAACGAUUCGACUAUCCGCCAACGUUUGCGUUUCCUGCGUUGGCGCUCUUGAGGGUAAUUGCGGAUCCGGGUGUACCAUGGGUGUUGGCUGCGGUGUUUGAGGCUAGCGCGCUGGAUGAGUUGAGGGCGAGAGCAUUGUGGGAGAUUUGGCAAGUUCGGAGAGGGGGGGAUGUCACCGUUCUGGAACUGGUCGAACAACUUGGUUUCGACACACCCGAGGACGUCCGGACACUCGUGGACGCGAUCGCCGAAGCAUCAGGUCGCAACGUACGUCGUCUAAGACCUAAAGGAGCGGGAGCAGAGGUCAAAGCUUAUCGCUUGGUGGGAAGUAUGAAAUUUCCAACGCAUUUCCACAAGGUCGGAAGAAACGUCCGGUUGAUAGAUAGUAAACGUCCAGCCGGAUUAGAGUUGGCACAGGUCGUCAAUCAGAGCUGGGAGAAAUCCACAAAUGGCUAUGACCUCCCACAAGACGACAUACCCGAGCUCACAUUCCCCGAGCGAAUUGACAUCGAACCUGGAGAUACACAACCUAAACCGGCCUUGAACAGACUGGAAUCAAGUAGGACCGGCACGCCUGCUAAUGCUACAGGUGGCGGGGUGUUUGCUGGGUUUGGAGCAGUGGGCAAGCCGGGGAAUGCUUUUGGGGAAGCAAAGGCCGGGAAUACGUUUGGAGAGGGAAAACCGGUAAAUGUCUUUGGCGAGACGAAACCUCCAAACAUCUUUGGUAGGCCCGAAUCGAAACCCAGUAACCCCUUUGGAACGGCUUCGACCAGCUCGUUUGGUGUCCCUUCUGCGAAUCCGUUUGGGAAACCAGCAACCUCUGCCCCGACUGCGAAUCCAUUCGGCGCUGGUUUGUCGUCUUCAUCAUCGUCGGCUUCUGCAUUCGGAGCUGGCGCUUCGGCGUUUGGUGCGGGGUCAAAUGCGUUUGGAGCCGGAGCCACCGCGUUCGGAGCCGGCUCAUCGGCAUUUAGUGCAGGUCCUUCAGCCUUUGGCGCUGGUUCACUUGUUGCAUCGGGUACCAAAUCUUCUGAACCUAUGAAACCAUCACCCGAGCCGACCAAGGCUUCCCAACUCGCAAAAAUCGAUAGUCCCUCGGGGUCGAAGCUUUCCCCUUUUGCAGCGAGCUUUGUUCCCAAGUUCGGGUUGACUGGGUCGUUGCCUGUUCCUACACCCGCAAAACCAGCUCCGGUCGAGAGCGAGGUCACUUUAGAUGACACAAGUACUACCCAGCAUGAGGAAGAUGGAACUGUGGGAGUGACGGAAGAAGAGGAAGAAGAACUGGAAAGGGCAAUAGAGGAGGAAAUGGCAAGAAUGGCGGAGGAAGAGACCGCGAGAAAACUUGUCGCCCAGCAAGAAGCGGCCAAAGCAGCGCGAGAAGCAAAACUUCGUGAUAAACUCGAAGCUGCGAGAAAGGAGGAAGAGAUCCGCAAGAAAAAGGCCGAAGAGGAGCGGGCGAGGAAGCAAGUAGAAGAGGAAAGGAGACGGGCAGAGGAGGAACAACGACGGUUAGAGGUGGAGCAACAUCAACUUGCAGAAGAACGAGCACGUUUGGAAGCAGAACGCCUUAGACAGUUAAGGCUCGAGACACUCCACUCUACAACAGCUGAACUCUUAUUCGCUGAUAUCCUCGAAAUCCUUGUGGUUCCAGAGGUUCAACACGCCAUUCAGAAAGAGAAACAAAAUCGAUUCAUACUAGCCAAGGCAUUCGAGCACUGGGAAUUCCGAGUUGCGAAACGGAUCAAGCGGAGGCGGGUGUUGGAUAAUAUGGGAUUGGGGCGAGUAGGUGUGGCUGGUGCGGCUGAAGAAGUUGGGGAAUUGUUCGAUGAGGAUGAGAUCGAAGAUGAAGAUUCUUCGUUUGUUCGGGAACGAAGGCGGAUUAGCUUCAGGGAGGAAAGGAAUGAUGCUGACUUGGCUGCUGCCAUGGCCAAGGCUGCGGCAGAACGCGAAAGGUUAUGGGCUCCCGGAGUGUUUUUGGAUAUUAUCAAGGAUACGGUCACCAGCGUUGCAAAACAACAGAACAAGAAUCUUGACGAGAUACAAGGGUGGGAUGUUUGGUUAUGCACAAGCGGGGCAAACAAAUCUUCAGCGGAAUGGCUGCGGAAGAAGCUCAAUGCAAGGCCUACUCAGUUGGUUGAUGGGACGGUAUCUGUCGUUUCUAUAACACCCAAGGCUCAUAAGAAGGAAUCGGCUCCUGGGCUGGUUGUGUUUGAGUGCUCACCUCAUUUGGGUGCGGCCAUGAAUGAUCAGGAAUGGAAUGAUGCAUGGUCCGGUGAAGCAAAUCGAAUAGCACGCCUCUUCUCUGCGAUGUCCAAUCACGCAUCAUAUACCCCUUCGCUUAUGUUCGUUCUUUGGUCGACAGACCACGUUGCUCAACAUUCAGAAAUCAUCACACGCAAGCUCAAGCAAGCUGCAUCACACCUGGCUGACGUUUCUAUCCGGGGCGAACCCGCGGUGGCGGUCCUGGUUGAUGAAACUGUGGAAGAGGUAUUCCAAGCGGCUUUAGCGUCGCUCGAACUGGACAUUGAUGGCCAUCAAGUUGUCGAACGAUCGUCUGUGACAGAAUCGCUAUCAAAACAAAUCUCCGUCUGGCACCAAUCGCUUUCGAGUGUUCUCUCCAAAUUGCCUACCUUUGAUGACGAAGUGGACUUGAACGUCCUCCGGACCUCACUACGACAAGUGCGGCACUCGUCACGGCCCUUCCCAGCCCGGUUUUUCUGCGAACGUGUAGCCCAGCUUGUUGACAUCGCUAUAACACCGUCGGUAUCCGGGAACCGACCACGAUUUGAAGUGGCAGCCGCGGAGCGGGUCUUUGAGAGCGCUCUACAGGAGUCCUUGAACGCACUUGAAGCACGUCCCAAAAAGCGCAUGCAGAAUGAAAGUCCAGUUCGUGACAACAAAAAGGCCCGAUUAUCCCCCCGCGCUACUCCGUCCGAUGAAAAUGUGUUCUCUAGCCCGGAACCGGCCAUCGAAAUCUCCGGGGCUGCUAAACUACGUGCUCUGCUGACGAAAACCCGGAACCGUUGGGCGGAGAGCGAUAGUAACGAUUUAUAA